CAUCCUGUUUCGGUCUGUCGUCAUGAUGACGUCUGCAGCGAUCUGUUGUCCAUCUUGUCCGAGUGAAGACACACAACAGUGAACAGCUACUGACGGAAUGUGAACGCCAUCAGUCAGACCCUUCAACUUCCAAGCUAAAUAUUAAGUUUAUCUGUCGCCCCCACGUUUCGCUCACCAUUCUGCUCUUCUUCCUUAAAUGAAGGAUCAUGAGGCUUUGUUUGUGUUUCGUGAUACUGAUAUUGUCAACAGAAUCAACAAAAACUGGGAACAGCUCAGUUCAGCCUCAGACUGCAAAGACCGGCUGGUCGAAGGCUGCGGACAUAAUUCCAUACGCACUGCGCACGAGUCAACUGGGCAUGUCACUUCUCACCUGGUUUGUCGGCUCCCAUUUCGACUUAAAAGUGAACGCGGGGGAAAACGUGGAAUUUUCAUGCAAGAACAAAGUGACCAUUGACUUCGCCAAGGAGAACCCAAUGCUGCGGUGGCUCUGGGUCAAGGACGGCGACCCAGUGAGGCUGGACGCAUCGCGCAUGCUGCUGACGGACUUCAUCUUCUACGUGGAGGACAUGCGGGUGACGGAUAGCGGGACGUACGAGUGCCGGAUGGAUCUGGGAGACGGCACGGUCCUGACGGCCGAGGUCUACACACUGACGGUGUUGACGUCAGGCCCCACGCUCUAUGUGCGUCAGACGGAGCCGCUGCGCCUAGACUGCCGCAGCGAGGCUCUGAACUCCGUCAGGCGCAUCUUCAAGGUUAGCUUGCAGCUCCAGGAGGAAGACAGCAAGCGGGGAAAGAGAGAUGCCGAGAAUACCUCCAUCCGCAACGGUGCGGAUGUCAUUACUGUCGAGCCUGUCUUUCGGAAUGUUGCCCGAGCGAAACACGGCGGUGCGCGGGAAAGUGGUGAGACGACAUCCAGGUUCCUGGUCAAAAAACGGCAAGCUCACCAAGCGGCCCAAGGACACAAGAAGAAAGAUCCUAUCACCAUGCGACGAUGGUAUUUCAACGACAACGAGACCUCGCUCUUCCCGAAAAGCUUACCCGACGAUGUCCCGUCCCCAGACGUCCUGCCCGCCGCGGACUUCAACAUGACGGGCGAGUGGACGUGCAAGGUUAGCGACUUGGUCACCCACCACACCUGGCGAACGGCCUGGUAUCGGGUGCAAGUGGGGCCGCCCCCCUCGGCAGUUGAAGUAAUGGUGCGCAGGCUCCUGGCGCACCCGGAGGUAUUAGGAGCGGUGGUGGCGGGAGUGAUGGCUUUCCUGCUUACCCUGGUGGUGGUGGUGGCUCAAGAGGUGCAAAAGCGGAGCGUGAAGGUAGAGAAAGAGUUCGAGGCAAUGAAAGAGAGGAUGCUGAGGAGGCCGAUGCAUGUCGGCGGCACAGACGAUGAAGAACGCCAGAUGAUGAAACGUACGUCCAGCAGGCCUGGCGAUGCCAUGUCCACGUUGUCGCCGCGUACUGACAUCUCGACACUAACAUACAUGGAUGAACCAGAGGAUACCAAGUCCAUGUUGUCGACGCUUACUGACGUCUCGGCACCGACAGAAACUGAGGAAACAGAGGAAACAGAGGAUGCCUUGACGACGCUUACUGAGGCAUCGGCACCAACAGAAACCGAGGAAACAGAGGAUGCCAAGUCCAUGUUGACGACGCAUUCUGAGGUCUCGGCACCGACAGAAACUGAGGAAACUGAGGAAACAGAGGAUGCCAAGUCCAUGUUGACGAGUCUUACUGACGUCUCGGCACUGACAGAAACUGAGGAAACAGAGGACGCUAAGUCCAGACUGUCGCUACCUUCUGGGGUGCCGACAACGACAGACACGGUGGAAAGAGAGGAAGAGCAAGGCGAUGAAAGCUACAUCGACGACGAGGAAAGCUACAACAAUAAUUAUAACUUCGGCAAAUAAUGUGAACAGUGGAGCAGUCAAGGAGGUGGUCACGUGCUCGCUAAACAGUGCUUCAACACAGAUCGGUUUGUUUGCCCUGUCGAUGGCGGCUACAUUGGUGGGCAAGUCUGUGACCUCACUGCUCGAGGGAGUCUUGGUUCUAGGGAGAUAUGCGGCAUAAAAAACGGAAUUAUAAGUGCACGCACCUUGUGAACGACAUCACGAGUCAGAUAUGAAGCGAAUCUCGAAGUUACUUACGGAGUUUAUUAAAAAAAA